AUGGAUAAAAAACGAACUCAAAGUGGAUUGAUCUGUUUUCUUCAAGGAAUGAUUGGAAAGAAAAUAUGUGUUGAAAUGAUGAACGAAGUUUAUGUUGAUGGUGAGCAUUUUUUCAGAAAGUUCAGAAAAAAAACGAAAUCAUUAAGGGAUUUUGGAAGAUGUGGAUUGUUAUAUGAAUUUGAAAAUGAAAAAUGUUGAAAUUAUUCGAGAAAAUGGAAAACAAGAAGUUGAACAGUUUGAAAUUAAAGGAAAACAAAUCAGGUAAAUCUAUUGAAUUUUUUUUAGAAAAUAUUAAUGGAUGAGUUUUAGAUUUGUGCAUUUUGAAGAUUCCGUCGAUUCUCAAAAUAUAAUUCGAAAACAAUUAAACAAAAAUCGGAUGUCAAAUAAGCGACUCGAUCAACAACAAUCGAAUUCGAAUAGGACAACUUUUGAAUAA